AUGAAAGCAUUAAUCUUUGGGGCAGGGUCUGUCGGUUGCGUUUAUGGCUACAUUCUUCACAAUGCUGGGGUUGAUUUGGCUGUUGUCUGUAGAAGCAACUUGGCGGCAGCACGGAACAGCGGCAUUAGCAUCGACAGCGAACUGUACGGACAAGUUCACUAUCACCCAAAGACGACUGGAUCCGUAAGUGAGGCAGCGAGCUUACAUGGUCCUUUCGACUAUAUACUCAUUUGCUGCAAGGCACUUCCAGGGGUUUGCGAGCAAAUUCAGGAAGCCGUCGGAGAACGAACUGCUAUAGUACUGGCUCAAAACGGAAUUGAUAUCGAGCGGGAGUAUGCUCAAAGGUAUCCCGACAACGCCAUCAUCUCUGGUGUGGUAUGGUUGGCGGCGACUCAGCUCUCGCCUGGAGUGAUCAAAGCAGGCAAGGCGGAGAAGUUUGAAACCGGCACAUAUCCUGCAUCUGCACCAAGAAGUCACAAGCGGCAGGCUGGACAACUAUCAGCGCUCUGGAGCAGAGGAUCACCUGGCGGCGGUGCACCUGUGUACGAGGAUAUACAACCACAACGCUGGCUCAAAUUGACCGUCAAUGCAACUUGGAAUCCAAUUGCAGCGCUCACUCGCUGUGACGGGGGUACCCUGUUCCUAAUGGCGGAACAAGCAUCUGCAACCGACAUCCUGGUCCGAACAAUGCAUCAAGUCGGGGCUGUGGCUGCUUCCACCGGGUGCGCUGGCUUGGUGACAGACGCUCAUGUCAAAAGGGUCAUGCAAUUUUACCAUUCGCAGAGGGCUACACCCGAGUCUGGGAAAGAGUCUAGCAUGUUGAUGGAUGUGAACGCGGGACGACCGUUGGAGGUUGAGGCAAUCUUGGGAAACCUGUUGAGAAUUGCACGGGAAACAAGGUCAACGUUCCAGAUCUUGAGCUUCUCAUGCCUUGAACUCUACAAGUGCAAGGGAUAA